AUGAACCCCCCAGAGGGGGCAGCGGAGGAAGUGGGAGCCGCCGACUCGGACGUGGACGCCUUUUUCCGGACAGGAUCCUUUCGGAAUGAUGGUUUGAAAGCUUCUGAUGUCCUUCCCAUCCUAAAGGAGAAAGUGGCCUUUGUGUCUGGGGGCCGUGAUAAGCGAGGCGGACCCAUCCUGACCUUCCCUGCCAGAAGCAAUCAUGACAGAAUAAGACAGGAAGACCUGCGGAAACUUGUGACGUAUUUGGCCAGCGUGCCAAGCGAGGACGUUUGCAAACGUGGCUUCACAGUCAUCAUCGACAUGCGGGGCUCCAAGUGGGACCUCAUCAAGCCCCUCCUCAAAACCCUGCAAGAAGCCUUUCCUGCAGAGAUCCAUGUGGCCCUCAUCAUCAAGCCCGAUAACUUCUGGCAGAAGCAGAAGACCAACUUCGGCAGCUCCAAGUUCAUCUUUGAGACAAGCAUGGUGUCUGUGGAGGGCCUCACGAAGCUGGUGGACCCCUCCCAGCUGACAGAGGAGUUUGAUGGCUCCCUGGAUUACAACCACGAGGAAUGGAUUGAGUUGCGCCUCUCCUUGGAGGAGUUCUUCAACAGUGCGGUACACCUGCUCUCGCGCCUCGAGGACCUGCAGGAGAUGCUGGCCCGGAAGGAGUUCCCUGUGGAUGUGGAGGGUUCCCGGAGGCUUAUCGACGAGCACACACAACUUAAGAAAAAGGUGCUGAAGGCCCCUGUGGAGGAGCUGGACCGGGAGGGGCAGCGGCUGCUCCAGUGCAUCCGCUGCAGCGAUGGCUUCUCAGGGCGCAACUGCAUCCCAGGGAGCGCUGACUUCCAGAGCCUUGUCCCCAAGAUCACCAGCCUCCUCGACAAGCUGCAUUCCACCAGGCAACACCUGCACCAGAUGUGGCAUGUGCGAAAGCUCAAGCUAGAUCAGUGCUUCCAGCUGCGGCUAUUUGAGCAGGAUGCUGAGAAGAUGUUCGACUGGAUAAGCCACAACAAGGAGUUAUUUCUUCAGAGCCACACCGAGAUCGGAGUCAGCUACCAGCAUGCCCUAGACCUCCAGACGCAGCACAAUCACUUUGCUAUGAACUCCAUGAAUGCCUAUGUCAACAUCAACCGCAUCAUGUCUGUCGCUUCCCGCCUCUCAGAGGCCGGCCAUUAUGCCUCCCAGCAAAUCAAGCAGAUCUCCACGCAGCUAGACCAGGAGUGGAAGAGUUUUGCUGCUGCUCUGGAUGAACGCAGCACCAUCCUGGCCAUGUCUGCCGUGUUCCACCAGAAGGCAGAGCAGUUUUUGUCAGGAGUGGAUGCCUGGUGCAAGAUGUGCAGCGAAGGUGGCCUUCCCUCCGAGAUGCAGGACCUGGAGCUGGCCAUCCACCAUCACCAGUCCUUGUAUGAGCAGGUGACCCAGGCCUACACGGAGGUCAGCCAGGAUGGCAAAGCACUGCUGGACGUCCUGCAGCGUCCCCUGAGUCCUGGGAACUCUGAGUCUCUCACAGCCACAGCCAACUACUCCAAGGCGGUACACCAGGUGCUGGAUGUGGUACAUGAGGUGCUGCACCACCAGCGGCGGCUUGAGAGCAUCUGGCAGCACCGCAAGGUGCGGCUGCACCAGCGGCUGCAGCUGUGUGUCUUCCAGCAGGACGUGCAGCAGGUGCUGGACUGGAUUGAAAACCAUGGUGAAGCCUUUCUCAGCAAGCAUACUGGGGUUGGGAAGUCCUUGCAUCGAGCACGGGCACUACAGAAGAGGCAUGAUGACUUUGAAGAAGUGGCUCAGAAUACGUACACCAAUGCGGACAAGCUCCUAGAAGCAGCCGAGCAGCUGGCUCAGACUGGGGAAUGUGAUCCGGAGGAGAUCUACAAGGCAGCCCGACACCUGGAGGUGCGCAUCCAAGACUUUGUGCGCAGGGUGGAGCAGCGGAAGCUUCUCCUGGACAUGUCAGUCUCCUUCCACACACACACCAAAGAGCUGUGGACAUGGAUGGAAGACCUGCAGAAGGAGAUGCUGGAGGAUGUCUGCGCAGACUCUGUGGAUGCGGUCCAGGAGCUGAUCAAGCAGUUCCAGCAGCAGCAGACCGCCACCCUGGAUGCCACUCUUAAUGUCAUCAAGGAAGGCGAAGACCUGAUACAGCAGCUCAGGUCAGCGCCUCCCUCCCUGGGGGAGCCCACCGAGGCCAGGGACUCAGCUGUGUCCAACAACAAGACGCCCCACACUAGCUCUAUCAGCCAUAUCGAGUCUGUCCUCCAGCAGCUGGACGAUGCCCAGGUGCAGAUGGAAGAACUGUUUCACGAGCGGAAGAUCAAGCUGGACAUCUUCCUGCAGCUGCGCAUCUUCGAGCAGUACACCAUUGAGGUGACGGCAGAGCUGGAUGCCUGGAAUGAGGACUUGCUCCGACAGAUGAAUGACUUCAACACCGAGGAUCUGACCCUGGCAGAGCAGCGGCUACAGCGCCACACGGAGCGGAAGCUGGCCAUGAACAACAUGACCUUUGAGGUCAUCCAGCAGGGCCAGGACUUGCACCAGUACAUCAUGGAGGUGCAGGCCUCAGGAAUCGAGUUAAUCUGCGAAAAGGACAUUGACCUGGCAGCUCAGGUGCAGGAACUGCUGGAGUUUCUCCACGAGAAGCAGCAUGAACUGGAGCUCAAUGCGGAGCAGACUCACAAGCGGCUGGAACAGUGUCUCCAGCUGCGGCACCUUCAGGCCGAGGUCAAACAGGUUCUGGGAUGGAUCCGCAAUGGAGAGUCAAUGCUCAAUGCCAGCCUGGUCAAUGCCAGCUCUUUGUCAGAGGCGGAGCAGCUGCAGCGGGAGCAUGAACAGUUCCAACUAGCCAUCGAGUCCCUCUUUCACGCCACUUCCUUGCAGAAGACGCACCAGAGCGCCCUGCAGGUCCAGCAGAAAGCGGAGGCACUGCUCCAGGCUGGCCACUACGAUGCCGACGCCAUCCGGGAAUGUGCCGAGAAGGUGGCCCUCCACUGGCAGCAGCUCAUGCUAAAGAUGGAAGACCGGCUGAAGCUAGUCAACGCCUCUGUGGCCUUUUACAAGACCUCCGAGCAGGUGUGCAGUGUUCUGGAAAGCCUAGAGCAGGAGUACCGGAGGGACGAGGACUGGUGCGGUGGGCGAGACAAGCUGGGGCCGGCGGCAGAGAUGGACCACGUCAUCCCACUGCUCAGCAAGCAUCUGGAACAGAAGGAGGCCUUCCUGAAGGCCUGCACUCUGGCACGGCGGAAUGCUGAGGUGUUUCUCAAGUAUAUCCACAGGAACAACGUUAGCAUGCCCAGUGUUGCCAGCCACACCAGGGCACCCGAACAGCAAGUAAAAGCCAUCUUGAGUGAGCUCUUGCAGAGGGAGAACCGCGUCCUGCACUUCUGGACCUUGAAGAAGCGGCGGUUAGACCAGUGUCAGCAAUACGUGGUGUUCGAGCGCAGUGCUAAGCAGGCGUUAGACUGGAUCCAAGAAACAGGAGAAUAUUACCUCUCAACACAUACCUCCACUGGAGAGACCACAGAGGAGACUCAGGAGCUACUGAAAGAAUACGGGGAGUUCAGGGUGCCCGCCAAGCAAACGAAAGAGAAGGUGAAGCUUCUGAUCCAGCUAGCGGACAGCUUUGUGGAAAAGGGCCACAUCCAUGCCACAGAAAUAAGGAAAUGGGUGACCACAGUGGACAAGCACUACCGAGAUUUCUCACUGAGGAUGGGCAAGUACCGGUACACCCUGGAGAAAGCCCUGGGAGUCAACACGGAGGAUAACAAGGACCUAGAACUGGACAUCAUCCCAGCAAGCCUUUCGGAUCGUGAGGUUAAGCUCCGAGACGCUAACCAUGAGGUCAAUGAAGAGAAGCGAAAGUCGGCUCGGAAGAAAGAAUUCAUAAUGGCGGAACUGCUCCAGACGGAGAAGGCUUAUGUGAGGGACUUACAUGAGUGCUUGGAGACCUACCUGUGGGAAAUGACGAGUGGUGUGGAGGAGAUACCCCCUGGGAUCCUCAACAAAGAGCACAUCAUCUUUGGCAACAUCCAGGAAAUCUACGACUUCCAUAACAACAUCUUCCUCAAAGAGCUGGAGAAGUACGAGCAGCUGCCUGAGGAUGUGGGACACUGCUUUGUCACCUGGGCAGACAAAUUUCAGAUGUAUGUCACCUACUGUAAAAACAAGCCUGAUUCCAACCAGCUGAUCCUGGAGCAUGCAGGCACCUUCUUUGAUGAGAUCCAGCAGCGGCACGGCCUGGCCAACUCCAUCUCUUCCUACCUAAUUAAGCCUGUCCAGAGGGUCACCAAGUACCAGCUGCUCCUGAAGGAACUUUUAACUUGCUGUGAAGAAGGGAAAGGGGAACUCAAGGAUGGCCUGGAAGUGAUGCUCAGUGUCCCCAAGAAAGCCAAUGAUGCCAUGCAUGUCAGCAUGCUGGAAGGGUUCGAUGAGAACUUGGAUGUACAGGGGGAGUUGAUCCUUCAGGAUGCCUUUCAAGUGUGGGACCCAAAGUCGCUGAUCCGGAAGGGGCGGGAGCGGCACCUGUUCCUCUUUGAGAUCUCCUUGGUGUUUAGCAAGGAGAUCAAAGACUCUUCAGGACACACGAAAUAUGUUUACAAGAACAAGCUACUGACCUCAGAGCUGGGUGUGACCGAGCACGUAGAAGGCGACCCCUGCAAAUUCGCCUUGUGGUCUGGGCGCACCCCAUCCUCAGACAAUAAAACAGUGCUCAAAGCUUCCAACAUCGAAACCAAGCAGGAGUGGAUCAAGAACAUUCGAGAAGUGAUUCAGGAAAGGAUCAUCCAUCUUAAAGGAGCUUUGAAGGAGCCAAUCCAGCUCCCCAAAACACCAGCCAAACUGAGGAACAAUAGUAAGAGGGAUGGAGUAGAGGACGGUGACAGCCAGGGGGAUGGGAGCAGCCAGCCCGACACCAUAUCCAUCGCCUCCAGAACCUCUCAGAACACAGUGGACAGUGACAAGCUCUCAGGUGGAUGUGAGCUGACAGUGGUCCUCCAGGAUUUCAGCGCAGGUCACAGCAGUGAGCUGAGCAUCCAGGUGGGCCAGACGGUGGAGCUGCUGGAGCGACCGAGUGAGAGGCCCGGCUGGUGUCUGGUCCGGACCACAGAGCGGAGCCCCCCGCAGGAAGGCCUGGUCCCCAGCAGCACCCUGUGCAUCUCCCACUCACGCAGCAGCGUAGAAAUGGACUGCUUCUUCCCCUUGGUGAAAGAUUCUUACUCUCAUUCCUCCGGGGAAAAUGGAGGCAAAUCCGAAUCGGUGGCCAACCUUCAGUCUCAACACUCCCUGAACUCCAUCCACAGUUCGCCUGGUCCCAAGCGCUCCACCAACACCCUUAAAAAAUGGCUAACCAGCCCUGUGCGUCGGCUCAACAGUGGGAAAGCAGAUGGAAACAUCAAAAAGCAGAAGAAAGUACGUGAUGGGCGGAAGAGCUUCGACCUGGGAUCACCCAAGCCUGGGGAUGAGACGACCCCUCAGGGAGACAGCGCUGACGAGAGCAAGAAGGGUUGGGGCGAAGAUGAGCCAGAUGAAGAGUCACACACGCCCCUUCCUCCGCCCAUGAAGAUCUUUGACAACGACCCCACCCAGGAUGAGAUGUCCUCCUCUCUGCUGGCAGCCCGGCAGGCUUCCACUGAAGUACCCACUGCUGCCGACCUUGUCAGUGCCAUAGAAAAGCUGGUCAAAAGCAAGCUGACUCUGGAAGGAGGCUCUUAUCGGGGGAGCUUGAAGGACCCCACAGGCUGCCUGAAUGAGGGGAUGACCCCUCCCACACCUCCUAGAAACCUGGAAGAAGAACAGAAAGCCAAGGCUCUGAGAGGCAGGAUGUUUGUCCUGAAUGAGCUGGUGCAGACAGAGAAGGAUUACGUCAAGGACCUGGGCAUUGUGGUGGAGGGCUUCAUGAAGAGAAUAGAAGAGAAGGGGGUCCCUGAGGAUAUGCGAGGAAAGGACAAGAUGGUGUUUGGAAACAUCCACCAGAUUUAUGACUGGCAUAAAGAUUUUUUCCUGGCUGAACUGGAAAAAUGUAUCCAAGAGCAAGACAGACUGGCCCAGCUCUUCAUUAAACACGAGCGGAAGCUGCACAUCUAUGUGUGGUACUGCCAGAACAAGCCACGUUCCGAGUACAUCGUGGCCGAAUACGAUGCCUACUUUGAGGAGGUGAAACAAGAGAUCAAUCAAAGGCUGACCCUUAGUGACUUCCUUAUCAAGCCCAUUCAGAGAAUAACCAAGUACCAGUUGCUACUCAAGGACUUCCUGCGAUACAGCGAGAAGGCUGGUUUGGAGUGUUCAGAUAUCGAGAAAGCGGUGGAGUUAAUGUGCCUUGUUCCCAAACGCUGCAACGACAUGAUGAACCUGGGACGCCUGCAGGGCUUUGAGGGCACCCUAACGGCCCAGGGCAAGCUUCUGCAACAAGACACAUUCUAUGUGAUUGAGCUGGAUGCUGGCAUGCAGUCCCGGACCAAGGAGCGGCGUGUGUUUCUCUUUGAGCAGAUCGUCAUCUUCAGUGAACUGCUCCGAAAGGGGUCCCUAACCCCAGGCUACAUGUUCAAAAGGAGCAUCAAGAUGAAUUACUUGGUCCUGGAGGAGAAUGUCGACAAUGACCCCUGCAAGUUUGCACUCAUGAACAGGGAGACUUCAGAGAGGGUCAUUCUGCAGGCUGCCAACUCAGACAUCCAGCAGGCCUGGGUGCAGGACAUCAAUCAAGUCCUAGAAACUCAGAGGGACUUCCUAAAUGCACUACAGUCACCCAUUGAGUAUCAGCGGAAGGAAAGGGGCACAGCUGUGGUCCGCUCCCAGCCCCCAAGGGUCCCACAAGCCAGCCCCAGACCCUACUCGUCUGUCCCCGUGGGCUCCGAGAAGCCCCCCAAGGGUUCCAGCUACAACCCGCCUCUGCCACCCCUGAAGCUAUCUACCUCCAACGGCAGUCCCGGGUUCGACUACCACCAGCCUGGGGACAAGUUUGAAGCUAGCAAGCAAAACGACCUGGGAGGCUGCAACGGGACCUCAUCCAUGGCUGUAAUCAAAGAUUACUAUGCCCUGAAAGAGAACGAAAUCUGUGUGAGCCAAGGUGAGGUGGUCCAGGUCCUCGCCGUCAACCAGCAGAACAUGUGCCUGGUGUACCAGCCUGCCAGCGACCAUUCCCCGGCAGCGGAAGGCUGGGUCCCGGGCAGCAUCCUGGCACCCCUCACCAAAGCCACAGCAGUGGCAGAAAAUAGUGACGGGAACAUCAAGAAGUCAUGUUCAUGGCAUACUCUACGCAUGAGAAAGCGGGCAGAAGUGGAGAACACGGGUAAAAAUGAAGCCACAGGGCCUCGUAAACCCAAGGAUAUUCUGGGCAACAGAGUCUCUGUUAAAGAGACGAACAGUUCCGAGGAGUCUGAGUGUGAUGAUCUUGACCCUAAUACUAGUAUGGAGAUCUUAAAUCCAAAUUUCAUCCAAGAAGUGGCUCCAGAAUUCCUCGUGCCCUUAGUAGAUGUGACCUGCUUGCUUGGAGACACGGUGAUACUGCAGUGCAGAGUCUGUGGGCGGCCAAAGCCCGCCAUCACCUGGAAGGGUCCAGACCAGAACAUCCUAGACACUGACAACAGUUCAGCCACAUCCACCAUCUCCUCCUGUGAUUCUGGGGAAAUCACCCUCAAGAUCUGCAACCUGAUGCCCCAAGACAGCGGGAUUUAUACCUGCAUAGCAACAAAUGACCACGGAACCGCCUCCACGUCAGCUACAGUUAAGGUGCAAGGUGUUCCCGCAGCCCCCAACCGCCCCAUCGCGCAGGAGAGGAGCUGCACCUCCGUCAUCCUCCGCUGGCUGCCCCCGGCCAGCACUGGGAACUGCACUAUUUCGGGGUACACUGUGGAGUACCGCGAGGAAGGUUCCCAGGUCUGGCAGCAGUCCGUAGCUUCAACCUUGGACACUUACCUCGUCAUUGAAGACCUUAGUCCCGGAUGCCCUUAUCAGUUCCGGGUCAGUGCCAGCAACCCUUGGGGAAUCAGCCUCCCCAGUGAAGCCUCAGAGUUUGUGCGCCUUCCAGAGUACGAUGCAGCUGCUGAUGGUGCCACCAUUUCUUGGAAGGAAAAUUUUGAUUCUGCUUACACCGAACUGAACGAGAUUGGCAGAGGCCGGUUCUCCGUUGUAAAGAAAUGCGUCCACAAAGCCACCCGCAAAGAUGUUGCCGUGAAAUUUGUGAGCAAGAAAAUGAAGAAGAAGGAACAGGCUGCCCACGAGGCUGCCCUGCUUCAGCACCUGCAGCACCCCCAGUAUGUCACUCUUCAUGACACCUACGAGUCCCCCACGUCCUACAUCCUGAUAUUGGAACUGAUGGAUGACGGCCGACUCUUGGACUACCUUAUGAAUCAUGAUGAGCUGAUGGAAGAGAAAGUAGCUUUCUAUAUCCGAGACAUCAUGGAAGCUCUGCAGUACCUCCAUAACUGCAGGGUGGCACACUUGGAUAUAAAGCCUGAAAACUUGCUCAUUGACCUCCGGAUCCCAGUGCCUCGAGUGAAGCUCAUCGACUUGGAAGAUGCUGUCCAGAUCUCAGGCCAUUUCCACAUCCACCAUCUGCUGGGGAAUCCAGAAUUCGCUGCCCCAGAAGUGAUCCAAGGCAUCCCCGUCUCCCUGAGUACAGACAUCUGGAGCAUCGGGGUUCUGACGUAUGUCAUGCUUAGUGGGGUCUCCCCAUUCUUAGAUGAGAGCAAAGAGGAGACCUGCAUCAAUGUGUGCAGGGUGGACUUCAGCUUCCCUCACGAGUACUUCUGUGGUGUGAGCAAUGCCGCCAGGGAUUUCAUCAACGUCAUCUUACAGGAAGACUUCCGGAGGCGGCCCACGGCAGCCACGUGCCUGCAGCAUCCGUGGCUGCAGCCCCACAAUGGCAGCUACUCCAAGAUCCCCCUGGACACCUCCCGCCUGGCCUGCUUCAUAGAACGCCGCAAGCACCAGAACGACGUGCGGCCUAUUCCCAAUGUCAAGAGUUACAUUGUCAAUAGGGUGAACCAAGGGACCUAGCCAUCCCCCAGCCCC